AUGUCUCGCCGGUACGACUCGAGGACAACCAUCUUCUCACCCGAAGGUCGUCUAUACCAAGUCGAGUAUGCGCUAGAGGCCAUCUCCCACGCCGGCACCGCCAUUGGCAUCCUGGCCAAGGAUGGCAUCGUCCUCGCCGCCGAGCGCAAGGUCACCUCGAAGCUGCUGGAGCAGGACACUUCGGCCGAGAAGCUCUACGUCCUCAACGACAACAUGAUCUGCGCAGUGGCCGGCAUGACGGCCGAUGCCAACAUCCUCAUCAAUUACGCCCGCCAAGCUGCCCAGCGCUAUCUCCUCACCUAUAACGAAGACAUCCCCUGUGAGCAGCUCGUCCGCCGACUCUGCGACCUCAAGCAGGGCUACACGCAGCACGGUGGUCUCCGCCCCUUUGGCGUCUCCUUCAUCUAUGCCGGCUGGGAUCCUCGGAGACAGUUCCAGCUCUACCUCAGCAACCCCUCGGGUAACUAUGGCGGCUGGAAGGCGACGAGCGCGGGAGCCAACAACGCCAGCGCGCAGAGCUUGCUGAAGCAAGAUUACAAGGAGGACUGCACGCUCAAGGAGGCCUGCGCCAUGGCUGUCAAGGUGUUGAGCAAGACCAUGGACUCAACCAAGCUGAGCAGUGAGAAAAUCGAGUUCGCCACUGUAGGACAGACUGAGGACGGCAAAAUCUACCACCGGCUGUGGAGCGCCGACGAGAUUACGGCAUUAUUGAAAGAGCACGACUUGGCCAAGAACGAAGACACGGAGGAGAAAUAG